AUGGAACCCAACAAUUCAAUCAAUCAAAUCGACAAUCACAUCGAUGAUGAUGGUGAUCAGAACUCAUUUCCAAGCCACCGUCAUCAGAUCAUCACCUAUUCAAGAAAGAGAAAACACUCUCAAUCUCAGGUAAUCACAUCAAUCGAUUCAACACAAGUAAACCCUCUUUCCGAAUCAUCAGUUCUAGGGCUUGUUCUCCUUGCUCAUACGUUCUCAUACGAUAUUCAAAACCUCACUGAGUCUCUCCUUCUCGAAAUCCUCGCAAGAUUGCCCCUGAAAUCAAUUUUAGGUUCAAAUGUGUUUGCAAACACUGGCUAG